UUUGAAACCCAAUGGGUUUUUAGACUCCUGGGCGGGGCGCCGAGAGCCUGCCGGCUCGGCUGUGCACCUGCGCCUCGGCGGGCCGCCUGAGGCACAUCCCAGGCCCGCCCGGCCCUGCCAUGGCCAGGCCGCAGAGGACCCCAGCGCGCAGUCCCGACAGCAUCGUCGAAGUGAAGAGCAAAUUUGACGCCGAGUUCCGACGCUUCGCGCUGCCCCGUGCUUCCGUGAGAGGCUUCCAGGAGUUUUCGCGGUUGCUGCGUGCGGUGCAUCAAAUCCCGGGGCUGGACGUGCUGCUUGGCUAUACAGAUGCUCACGGCGACCUGCUGCCCCUCACCAACGACGACAGCCUACACCGGGCCUUGUCCAGCGGGCCCCCACCGCUACGCCUGCUGGUGCAGAAGCGGGAGGCUGACUCCAGUGGCCUGGCCUUUGCCUCGAACUCCCUGCAGCGUCGAAAGAAAGGGCUCCUGCUGAGGCCAGUGGCGCCCCUGCGCACGCGGCCACCCCUGCUCAUCAGUCUGCCCCAAGAUUUCCGCCAGGUUUCCUCUGUCAUAGAUGUGGAUGUACUGCCUGAGACACACCGCCGGGUGCGGCUGCACAAGCAUGGUUCAGACCGUCCUCUGGGCUUCUACAUAAGAGAUGGCAUGAGUAUGCGUGUAGCUCCCCAGGGCCUAGAGCAGGUUCCAGGCAUCUUUAUCUCACGCCUGGUACGUGGGGGCUUGGCUGAGCGUACAGGGCUGCUGGCAGUCAGUGAUGAGAUCCUUGAGGUCAACGGCAUUGAAGUGGCUGGGAAGACCUUGGAUCAGGUGACGGACAUGAUGGUUGCCAACAGCCACAACCUCAUCGUCACUGUCAAGCCUGCCAACCAACGCAAUAACAUAGUGCGGGGGGCAUCUGGGCGUCUGGCAAGGCCCACCUCUGCCCGGCCUGGGCCUCCUGAGCCUGACAGCGACGAUGACAACAAUGAUCUGGUCAUUGAGAACCGCCAACCUCCAUGUUCCAACGGGCUGUCCCAGGGGCCCCCAUGCUGGAACCUGCGCCCCAGCCGUUUACCUCCCAGUGUUCGAAGUUCUCUGCCCUCCCUGGAUGAUCAGGAGCAGGCCAGCUCUGGCUGGGGGAGGAGCAUUGGAGGAGAUGGUAGUGGCUUCAGCCUCUGACAGGCAGGGACUUAGCCCCUUGCCACUCCAGGCUACAGGGGCAUGGCAGAAAACUUCCCUGGUGGGGAUUUUUAGCUUGCUUACAGAGACUCCUCAGCCUGGGGAACAUUAAAGGUUUUCUACAAGUGCAGUCA